AUGGGCCAGCCAGGCCAGUCUCUGACUGGUGAGCUCGAAACAGGAGAAGUGGAACCAGGAAAGCCUCGCAGCAGCAAGCCACACAAGGCUCGGCGCGCCACAUGUGAAUUUUUCUGCCGCCUUGGCGCAUAUUAUCCAGCGUCUUCUCUUUUUUUCUUCUUCCUUCUUGACUUUGUCGAUAUAUCGCCAACCACAUUCCUCCGCCAACCUCAUUUUCAGUCCUCAGGGCGAGCCAACGCAAGGAACCCUGAUACUCAUACCAUCCCAAACUUUCCUUAA